CCCAGCUCUGCAAGAUUGUUUAAUAGUAAAUAAUAAUUUAAACCUAUUUAAAAAGAAUGUCGCAUGUUUAUCUGAAUUAAAUAUUUUUAAAAAGUUCUAUCUAGGUCAGGAGUACAAAAUAAAUGGUUAUUAUAAUAUUUUACUUUUCUGAUAGUAUCUUUAGUUCAUGAGAUACUUAAGAUCAAAAAUCAUUUCUUAAGUCUUAAGUUUUAAAGCCUAAAACUAACAACGAAAUCGCUUUAUUUGUUGUAGAUAAAAUUUAAUUUGAAUAAAAAUUAAAAUUUUAAAAUUUCGUGAGUUUAUCAUACAUAGAUAACAUUAUAAUAGUAAUACCUACCAGUGCAAAAUCUAGUAGUUGUGCUGUUAUAUUCAGCACACAUGUUCUUCAUGUUAGAAAAUCCAUUUAAUUAAAUUUAAUUAUAAGUAGGUGCUUAAUUAAAUGCACCACACGGUACCUGCAUAUUAUAUUUUCUUGUAAUGUUGCAGAAAGUAUUUAAACUUAAAUAAACAAUGGAUUCAUCGAAAAAACACGUCAAGCCUUCUCCCGAGGAAAACGCUAAUUUAUUUUCGAAAUUUUUUUAUUGGUGGAUUCUGCCAUUUUUUAAAUUUGGAUACAAAAACGAUGUACAACUUAAAGAUAUUUAUAACGUCUCCAAGAGUGACCUCUCACAAGUAUGGGGCGAUAGGUUACAAAAAAAUUGGGAACUAGAAUUGUUAAAAAAGAAUCCCAGCUUUAAACAGGCCAUAUCCAACACGUUUUUGAAACCGUAUUUUUACUCUGGUAUAGGAUUAUUUAUUCAGUUUAAUGUGAUUAGGAUGGUACUUCCCAUGGCAUUAGCACGAUAUAUCAAUUAUUUUAACAAAGAGAAAAGUGAACCGAGUGGAUGGUUGUGGGCGAGUGCAGUUGUUUUACAGGUCUUUAUUAUGAUGAGCCUUAACCACGGUUCGAUUUUAUAUGCUCAGAGGAAUUGCAUGAGAGCUCGGAUAGCAGUAUGUUCUUUAGUCUAUAGAAAACUGAUGAAGCUGAACCAUUCUUCUCUAGGACAAACAACUGUUGGUAAGCUAGUAAAUUUAUUGUCCAAUGAUGUGCAGCGAUUUGAUCUGGCGUCUUACUUUUUACAUUUUAUCUGGAUUAUGCCUUUCAAUGGUGUUAUUUCGUCUUACAUGUUGUACCGCAGCGUUGGGCUUUAUGCCACUGCAGGUGGAAUGGCCAUUGUGAUUGGAUCCGUAUUCAUUCAGAUUUAUAUGACCACGAUGCAAGGAAAGUUGCGAUACCAAAUUGCAAUUAGAACAGACAAACGAGUAAAACUGAUGAAUGAAGUAACUUCAGGAAUUCAAGUGAUAAAAAUGUACGCUUGGGAGAAGCCUUUUGAAACGAUGGUCAAGUUGGCUAGGAGUUCAGAAGUGAGUUUUAUUACAAAAACUUCUUUUGUAAACGGUGUCUUAUCUGCUAUGGGUGUGUUUAUGGAGAGGUUAAGUCUUUACGUAACUAUUGUAACAUUUGCAUUAGCCGGGAAUCCAGUAUCUGGAGAAAUUGUAUUUUCCGUAGCUCAAUUAUUUAAUACAGUCAUAUACACAAUGUGUGUUUGCUUUCCGAGAGGAUUAACAUUUUAUAAUGAAGCUAAAGUAUCGGUAGGAAGGAUCGAAGAAUUUCUGUUACUCGAUGAAAUAGAACGCAAAAGUUUAACCAACCAUACCACAAAUUCAAAAGAACCUAACUCCAACCAAAUUACAAGUUUAGAAGAAACUAAUUACGAGAAAGGGCUUAAAGAAGACGCUGGAGACAUCGAAAUACAAGACAUAACAGCUAGUUGGGAGCCGAAUUUAGUACCGACUUUAGCAAACGUCAAUUUACAUAUCAAAUCAGGCACAUUAUGUUGUAUAGUUGGAAACGUAGGAGCUGGAAAAAGUAGCAUUUUGCAAUUAUUGCUCCAAGAAUUGCCGAUAACGUCUGGAAAAUUGAGAGUGAAUGGAACGAUCGCUUACGCGUCCCAAGAACCUUGGUUGUUCGUGUCCAAUGUGAGAGAUAAUAUUCUGUUUGGGAAGCCUUAUGAUCGACGCAAGUAUCGCGAAGUUGUUAAGGUAUGUUCUUUAGAAACAGAUUUCAAGCAAUUCCCCUUCGGCGACAAAUCGUUGGUUGGAGAAAGAGGAACAUCUCUAAGUGGAGGGCAAAGGGCAAGAGUGAAUCUAGCUAGAACCAUUUAUAGUGAAGCUGAUAUUUAUCUAUUGGACGAUCCGCUAUCCGCGGUAGAUACCAAAGUCGCUAAGCAUUUGUUUGACGUAUGCAUAAAGGACUACUUGAGCGGCAAAACGAGGAUUUUGGUGACUCACCAGUUGCAAUUCAUAAAGGGAGCUGAUCUCAUUGUAAUAAUUAAUAAUGGAAAAAUCGAAAAAGCAUGUAGCUUUAGUGAGAUGACGGACAAAGAUCUGAAAUUCAUUCAAAAACAAGUAGAAAGUGAAGAAAAAUAUGAAAAAGUUGAGAAAAUGGAAGCGGCGCCCAGUAAAGAUCUUACCUUCCAGUCAGUGGAUUCUCUUGAAUCCAUAGCUGGAGACGAGCCAGAAGAAACAGAUGAACUGAUAGAAAAAGGCAACAUUUCUGCUGAUACGUAUUUGGGUUAUUGGAGAGCCGGUGGUAACAUUUUAUUAGUGCUAUUUUCUCUUUCUAUGUUCGUUAUAGCUCAAGUAGUUACAAACUCUGCAGAUCUGUGGAUGUCUCAUUGGGUUAACGAUGAAGUAAAACAAUCCCAAUUAAAUAACAACGGGACGGACAGUCCAAUACCGGCUUCAAUACUACCAAAAACUGCUUUGGACACUUUGUUACCAUCCAACCUAUCUCUACACACAACCACGGCAUCAUCAUUACCUGAAGUAUCUACUACAAACAUUACAAUGGAUUAUUUAUUAAAUAGCACUAUUAAUUCUACUAUAUUUUUAAAAUCGAUAUACGAAAUAAAGCCGAGGGACUAUUACAUUUGGAUGUAUACAAUACUUAUCGGUAGUUCGAUAAUUUUAUUGACGAUUAGAUCGUUUUUGUUUUACCACGUCUGUAUGACAGCUUCGAAGGUUUUGCACAGCCAAAUAUUCAACAACGUUCUUCAAGCUCCGAUGAGAUUUUUCGAUACCAAUCCUUCAGGUCGGAUAUUAAACAGGUUUUCAAAAGACAUGGGAGCUAUUGACGAAAUAUUACCACGAGCUCAAUUUGAUUCUCUUCAAAUUUUCCUCGUUAUGUUUGGUAUAUUAACCAUGGCCUUCAUAGUUACUCCAAUGAUGAUGGUUCCAACAAUUGUACUAGGUAUCAUCUUUUACUGGUUUAGAGUCGUAUAUUUGAAGUGUGCCCAAGCUAUUAAGAGAUUAGAAGGAACAAGUAGAGCUCUAUUAUUUUCUCACGUUUCCGUCUCUUAUCAUGGUUUGUCUACCAUAAGAUCUGCAAAUGCAGAACAAAUGCUCAUUAAAGAAUUCGACGUUCUGCAAGAUCAACAUACGAGCACAUGGUUUUUAUUUAUUGCUAGCAGUACUACUUUUGGUUUCUAUCUUGAUGUAAUCAGCACAACGUUUCUUGCAUUAGUUACUUUUCAGUUCCUAAUAUUCCAAGAUGAAAAUACGCUUGGCGGCAGCGUCGGCUUGGUCAUUUCUCAAAGUCUCAUCUUGACUAAUAUGUUGCAAUUCGGAGUUAGGCAGAGUACCGAAGUUGCCAGUAACAUGAUCAGUGUGGAAAGGGUGAUGCAAUACACGAAAUUAAAGAAAGAGCACCCGUUAGAAACUAUAGGACAAAAGCCACCGCUAGAUUGGCCCAGCAAAGGCAAAAUCCAUUUUAAAAAUACUUCUCUUAGUUAUGCUCCAGAAUUGUCUCCCGUAUUAAAGAACCUGAAUAUCGACAUUGGUUCUGCAGAAAAAGUUGGCAUAGUUGGAAGAACAGGCGCUGGAAAAUCAACGUUGAUCGCUUCGUUAUUCAGACUGGCCCCGAUAGAAGGUACCAUUCUCAUUGACGAUUUCGAUACUGCGCAGCUGGGUUUGCGCGAUUUAAGAUCGAAUAUUUCGAUUAUACCACAGGAACCAGUUUUAUUCUCGGCCUCGUUACGAUACAAUCUAGAUCCGUUCGAGAAGCACGAAGAUAAAGUGUUAUGGGAGGCGUUGGAGCAUGUUGAACUUAGAGACGUAUUUACCGAUCUCAGUAUGACAAUCAACGAAGGAGGCUCGAAUUUGAGCGCAGGACAGAGACAGUUGAUCUGUCUUGCGAGAGCUAUAGUGAAAAACAAAAAAAUUUUGGUCAUGGAUGAAGCUACUGCUAAUGUGGAUCCAGGGACGGACUCCCUGAUUCAAAGAACAAUUCGCGAGAGAUUCAAAGACUGCACCGUACUUACCGUCGCUCAUCGACUCGUCACCAUUAUGGAUUCUGAUCGAGUUUUAGUUAUGGAUGCCGGUCAAGCUAUGGAAUUCGAUCACCCCCAUAACUUAUUGAAAAAUUCCGAAAGUUUCUUAUCCAAGAUGGUCAACGAAACUGGGCCGGACAUGGCGGACAAAUUAAAACUGAUAGCCCUAAAUGCUUACCGUUAUAAGAAUAAAAUGUCCUACGAAAAAGGAAUUUUAGACAGCGAUUAAUAUUAAUAAUUGUGAUGCAGGAAUUUAGUGUGAUCUCUGAUAAGUGAAAUUGAAGAUGUUAUGUUAUGUGACGGUUUUAGAUUUUAUUUUCAUUUCAAAGAAGAUUUGCUAAUAUAGAUAUGAAAAAAAUAGUGACAGUUGUCAACUUUGUCCUGAAUAGACCUUUUCAUCACAAAUUUUUUUGUGCGCAUCCGUCAGUAUCAGCCAUUUUUUUCGUACUGUUUUUGUAAACAAACAUAUUAAAAUACCCACGUAAAAAAAUUAUAAUCGAUAAAUAUUAUGUUACAGCUAGAGUUGCUGGAAGUCUGGGACUGAUUAAAGAUAGAAUAUGUAUAGCAAAUAACUGUAUAUUAUAAAAUGAACAUGCAAUACAACAUCAAGAAUUAGUUGCUUGGCAUUCGUAAAUCGUAGUAACAUCUAUCAUCUAAUUGUGUAUACGGGAUGAUUCAAUUCCUAACAUAUUAAUUUAAGUAUAUUCAUUUAAAAAAAGAAAGAAAAAGGAAAGUAAUAAUAAGUUUAAUGUCUUAAUUGAAAAAUAGAUUUUUGCAAUCAAUUAUAAUUAUGUUGUCUGUACGGAAAGGAACAAAGAAACGGUAUUGUUAUGGAGUAUGUAAAAGUGCCACACUGUAUAAAUCAUUCAAAGGUAAUACAUAUUAUUUUAUAUUAGAUGGAUUGAUGAUGUUACUAAAGAUACUUAUAUCUGUUCACUACAUUUUCAUGGAGAAAGUGGUCCAACAGAAGAAAAUUCUUAUCUGGUAUUAAAUAAUAUUUUUUUUUAAUAUUAAAUACUACUUCGGUAUACACAGUAAUAUAAUUAAAAAUGUCAUGUUGAUCUUCAAAAUAUUAAAUAAUUUAUUUUAUUAAUUAUACUCGUGAUUAACUUUCAUGUUUAAUAAAGUGUUUUUGCAAGUACAAAUAGUUGGUUGGCAUAAUUAAUUAGAAUAGAGUAAUUAUUAUUUAUUUUCAUUAAUUUUUUACACAGCUAAGAAGUAUUGAUACACCUAACCUCUCAAUCAGUCCACUUUUUUCCUUUGUAGCAAACGUCCAAGAUACUUCAACCACGUUUUUAACAUUGUCGAUCAAAACCGUACGAAACUUUUGAAUUACCGCUAUUUAAACAUGGUGACUGCACUUGCGCUCAUCACAUGAUGAAAAGGUCUAUUAAACGAUGUUAGCAUCUAAGAGUACUUUGCUUAAAAUGUAUUUCCGGAAGGAGGUGACAGUUGUCUUAAUUUUAAGAUAUGUCCCUGUCUUCCAUCCUGUCUUCUAGUUGACAUUCUUGUACUUACUAGUGAACUAUACUGGUGCUAUACAUUUAUACUUUUUCUAAUUUUACAUGUAAAGUAACAUUUUUUGUAAUCGCAGUGUCAAGAUGAUCUACUUUACGCAACUAGAUGUAUAACGUUGAACAUUAUGAAACUGGUUUUUAAAAAUUCAUUAUUAUGUCGCCAGUUGCAAAUAGAAAAUUAAUAAAAAUAAACCUUUUUGGUUUUAAAAUCAAUAAUAUACAUAAUAAAAAUUGAAUUUUGUUAAAAACAACCUAGCAAUAAUGUUGUUUUGGUCACCUCAUUUCCUACAUAACAUAACAAUACAAGAAAGUAGUAAUAUUGGUUGCCUAGAUGUCAUUAAUUUUUUACCAAAACACAUUUUUAUAAAUAACCUAGUCAAAAUUAGAUAAAAUAUUGUAUGUAACACGUUAAGAAAUGCCGUUGUAUGUAAGUUGUUCAUGUUGCGGGACCUCGCUCUGUCCGUUCCGCAAAUAUUCACUCGUUACAUAAAAUAAGGCAUUUCGUAACUGGUUUCAUAAAAAGCUAUUGUUUUUUUAUAAAAAAGAUUUGUUUCUAUUUACAAACUAAUAGUCAAUGUGCUUAAUAAUUUUCAUUGUUGAAACUUUUUUAAUAUGUAACACAAAAAAUAUUAAAUUUUUAUAAAAUAUAAUAUAUGUUUAUAAUAAUUGCAAAGAGUGAACUUAUGAUUUACAGGUACAGACGUUGUCUGCAUAAAAGUAUACCUUCAGAAACUAAAAGUUUAACAGCGAUACGCCCUCUGUAGGAAAUUUAUAAAUGUGUCUGUGUCUUUUCCAGUUUUGACAAUAUUAGCGGAAUGCCGCUAUAACGUGAGCGGAUUUUUAGACUGUAUAGCAGUUACAGAGAGAAAUUCAUGCUCAUUUUAAGCAAAAAGUAAGUAUUUUGGGGCUUGUUUUUGAGCCAAGCAUUUCACAAUCUUUAUUUAAGAAAUUUUUAAGAACGCAUGCUAAAAAGUCGGCUCUAAAUGAGUGAUUAAAUCCAGCACUAAAAUUGUUCAAUUAAGUAUGUAUAUUCUUAUAGGGACCUUGCAUCUUGACCAGGAGCG